CUUAUAUCAAAAGAAAGUGAUGAUAACAAUAUUAGUAACCAAAAUCUUACUAAAGAUAAAAGUUUUAAAAAACAAAGUAUUAACAUUGGUAAAGGUAAUAUUAAAGGUCAAAUAAAAGAGUAUGGAUCAUAA